GUGAGGGGCCGCACAUGGGAGGAAUGGGUCAGGGAGACAUGUGCUCCAUCCCAAUCAAGAGCCACUGCCACCACCCAAUUGAUAGCUGACUGGCUGACAGGCUUGUCCAGAGGCAGCGGGACAGAGGCAUGGCGGUUCACGGGUGAGGAAACUGGGUGGUGAACCCAAGCCCCUCCAUUAUAUUAACAUCAGAAGCUGAGCUAGCCCUGGAAUUCACUGCUCUGGAGCUUUGUGCUACCAGGUCUAUUAAAGGAGCUGAGAAAAGAAAAAAGCAAAGCUCAGCUGCUGGAAUUUUCUUGAGAGUGGAUGAUGUAGAGGAGAAAGAAUUCGCAGAGGAGCAGGAGACCUGGAUGCCAGAGUGGACAGUCACGAGGCUGGGUCUGGUUUACAAAGCAGAUUUGAACAUGGAAUUCAAUCCUUCAGACCAUCCUCGGGCCAGCACAAUAUUCCUCAGUAAAUCUCAGACGGACGUGAGAGAAAAACGCAAGAGUCUCUUCAUUAACCAUCAUCCUCCAGGACAAAUAGCGAGGAAAUACAGCUCCUGCUCCACUAUUUUCCUAGAUGAUAGCACAGUCAGUCAACCAAACCUCAAGUAUACAAUUAAAUGUGUAGCUCUCGCAAUAUAUUACCACAUCAAAAACAGGGACCCAGAUGGAAGGAUGCUCUUAGAUAUUUUUGAUGAAAACCUUCACCCUCUUUCGAAAUCCGAAGUGCCACCAGAUUAUGACAAACACAACCCCGAGCAGAAACAGAUUUACCGGUUUGUUCGGACACUGUUCAGUGCUGCUCAGCUGACAGCUGAAUGUGCCAUUGUCACCCUGGUAUACCUUGAAAGACUUUUGACGUAUGCAGAGAUAGAUAUCUGUCCAGCCAAUUGGAAGCGGAUUGUUCUAGGGGCGAUCCUGCUGGCCUCCAAGGUUUGGGAUGACCAGGCUGUGUGGAAUGUGGACUACUGCCAGAUCCUGAAAGACAUCACGGUGGAGGACAUGAAUGAACUAGAGCGGCAGUUUCUGGAACUGCUCCAGUUCAACAUCAAUGUUCCUUCCAGUGUUUAUGCCAAGUAUUAUUUUGAUCUUCGUUCUCUGGCAGAAGCAAACAACCUGAGCUUUCCCUUGGAGCCCCUGAGCAGGGAGAGGGCUCACAAGCUUGAGGCCAUCUCUCGCCUCUGCGAGGACAAGUACAAGGACCUGCGUAGACCCAUGAGGAAGCGGUCAGCGAGUGCUGACAAUCUGACUCUGCCGAGGUGGUCCCCGGCCAUCAUCUCCUAACCAUGGGGAGGGGGGGCCUGCUGGAGGCCACACCAUCCCUCAGUUUCUCCUCUAGUGUGAGAAGACAGACUUGGGGUGGUUUUGGUUUUGUUUUCCUUUCCUUUUCUUUUUAAAUUGAAAUUGAUAGCUUUGUCAGGCUACCUUGAUGACCGUCUCCACGCUGUGUGGCCCUCACACAACUAGGCCUCGAGGGAAGCAACAUCAGUGUUCCGGAGACCCCGUUCCAUGCCUUUCCCCAUCAUCAUUAACAGCACUCCCUCGUGGAGGAAAGACUCUCAUCCUGGAGAAGGAAACAAAGGGAAAGGGAAGUCGUGUAGAGGCAGGGAAAAGGUGAAAUGGCUUGGCCAUUUCUUAUGUCCCCAUCUGGUCGAUAGAUGAGUAUGAUGGAGAGACACAACCAUAGGUAACAAAGUCGGAUGUGCAUUAAAGACAAGAGUCCUGCGUUUAUCCACCUCCGUUUGGAUCAGUAUGUUCUGUAAGACUUCUUGCAUUCCUUCUAGCUGCUUUUUUGGGAUUUGGGGGAUUUUGUUUGUUUUUAUUGUUUUGGUUUUGGUCCCACAGAGCAGAGAAUAUAGUUUGUACCCACCAUGGCACAGACAUCCAAAUAAAUAGUACUGGUCAUUUCUCUGUGCACUAUUCCUGCGAGCUGUCUUCUGAGCUUUCUUCCUUACAAGUGGGAUGCGCUUGUUAUAUUUCUGUACACCUUGAUUUUAUAUAGUUUUUCUUCAACGGUGGCAAAAUUAACUUGACUGUAGUACUGAACCAAAAGUAUCCCUUUCUGUCCUUAUUUCUCACCCCAAGAAAAUUCUAGAUCAUAUGGGUGCUUGUGUCUUCCAAUUUUCUCGCAGUUGGUUUUUUUUUUUUUUUUUUCCUCUGACCUGAAAUUGUAGUUCUAAAUCAAUCAGAUUCUAUGGGCUGAAGGAACAGUAUGCCACGGAGCGUGUCCUCUGGUAGAAGUUUUCCUCCAGUGCUAGGUGUUUGCCUUUGGUUACUGAGCAGGAGCCGCCUCUCUCUGUAUCCCCAGCCCAGUUCACUCCUCUAUGUCCGUGUCCAUUGUUGCAAGCAAUAUUCUUCUCAACUUUUAUAUGUUUACUUUAAAUCAAAGUUAGUCUAUUUGUAUAAAAAUUUUUAAAAAUCUAAAAUUAAAAAAAAAAAAAAACCAAGGGGGGUGGGUUAUUCCAGUGGAAAAUCAUUGAAGGACAAAAUGUUACUAUUGACUGAGGUAUUUUUCACAGGAUGAUUGAAUAAAAAACUCAACUUGCGUUUUCAUUGUGGGUGUUUAGAGAAAUUACACAAAAUUCAAACUGUGAAGGUUUAUGCCUCAUUAAUUAGAACUGUACUUCUUCAUUUUCUGACUCUCCUAAUUUCCUGAUGGGCUAGAUGAGAAUCUUCUAUAUCAAGUAAAAUAAAAGGGUUAAUGAUAGAAUAUCAGAGUAAAUUUGGUAUCAAGUCUAAGAAUCUGAAUCAGUGAAGCAUAGAGUGCUCUGGGUUUUUGCAUAUUUUCUUGGGUCACAAUGACAGGCUUCUAAGUUUUUUCCCUUUUCAAGCCUCUGCAAGGGAAAUGGCAGCAGAUACUCUGUGUUUCAUCUUCCUGCUAUGUGAAUGUGGAAAACUUUGAAAUCUUAUUAGUCUUGGGUCCCCUAAAGUCAUACGCCUCAAACAUGCCUGCUUCUGAUGAAACGUACUUCGGAGAUAGAAGGGGCUCAAAAAGUUUAAAUCCCAAGAUCCCUGGGCCAGAAGUGCAAUGCUAGUUAGAUUUCAAUGAAAUUUGUAUCGUGUAAACAAUUGUUUGGACCAGAAAUAUCAUCAGGUUCUUUCUGGCCUAAACUUUCAAAAGCAAACACGCAGAAUCUGAAAAGUUAAUUAUCUUUCCAUUAUAAUGGUGUGAUAUACUCUGUAUGGGUACCAAAAUGAGCUUCUCUCUUCAAGUAAGAGUUGGAUUUAGAACUUUAAAUAGAGAUCUAAAAAUGUAGAAAAUAUUUUAUAUUCCCUAAUCUAUAUAGCUUAAAAAGGGACAUAUUUUCUUAGCUGAAUAUGAAUACCUCUCAAGCAUAAAUUAGUUCCUCUCAUGUAAAGUAUCUUAUUUUACCAAUCCAUUUCAGGAAAGAGGUUCUGCUGCCUUUAAAGCAGAAAGCUUAUUUUUAUCCCUUUUAUUUGAAUGAGAGAGAUUUGAAAAUUGAAUUAUGUAAAUACUUCAAUGCAUCUGCUAUUAUUUUGUGGAGUUUAUUAAACUACUUUAAAAAAUU